AUGGCAGAGCCAGGACUAGAUACCAAGCUUCUGACUCAAAAUCCAUGUUCUACCUGCUUCCUGGCAGGUGGGAGCUCUGGCCAACAACCCUCCACAGCCUACUUUGUCCUGGCAGGUCAUGGUUUCUCCAGACUCCAAGCCAGUCCUGGUAAAAGGCCAAACCUGAAGGUCCAUAUCAAUACGACAAGUGACUCCAUCCUCUUGAAGUUCCUGCGUCCAAAUCCAAACGUAAAGCUUGAAGGUUUUCUCCUGGGAUAUGGCAGCAACAUGUCGCCAAACCAGUACUUCCCUCUUCCCGCAGAAGGGAAAUACACCGAAGCUGUAGUUGAUGCAGAACCAAAAUACCUGAUAGUUGUGCGACCUGCUCCACCUCCAAGUCAAAAGAAGUCAUGCUCAGGUAAAGCUCGUUCUCGCAAGCCUCUCCAGCUGGUGGUUGGCACGCUGACACCAAGCUCAGUCUUCCUGUCCUGGGGUUUCCUCAUCAACCCACACCAUGACUGGACGUUGCCAAGUCACUGUCCCAAUGACAGAUUUUAUACAAUUCGCUAUAGAGAAAAGGAUAAGGAAAAGAAAUGGAUUUUUCAACUCUGUCCAGCCACCGAAACGAUUGUGGAAAAUCUAAAGCCCAAUACAGUUUAUGAAUUUGGGGUGAAAGACAACGUGGAAGGUGGAAUUUGGAGUAAGAUUUUCAAUCACAAGACGAUUGUUGGGAGUAGAAAAGUAAAUGGGAAAAUCCAAAGCACCUAUGAACAAGUUCACACAGUGCCAGCAUAUGUCCCAAAGAAGCUAAUCCCAAUAACAAUCAUCAAGCAAGUGAUUCAGAAUGUUACUCACAGGGCUUCAACUAAAUCCCCAGAUAAAACUCCCUUUGGAGGAACGAUACUAGUACAUCUUAUUAUUCCGGGUCUUAAUGAAACAACUGUAAAACUUCCUACGUCCAUAAUGUUUGAGAUUUCAGAUGCAAUCAAGACACAAUUAGCUAAGAAUGAAACCUUGGCAUUACCUGCUGAAUCUAAAACCCCAGAGGUGGAAAAAAUCCCAGCACAGCCCAUAACAGUGACUCCUGAAAUAGUUCCAAGAACCACUAAACCCACUAUGUCUAGUGCACUAGGCGUUUCAGAAACAACACUGGUUCUCAGCGAAAGGACCCUGGAAACAUUGCAAACUGUUCUAUUACCUAAGUUUGAAUUGCCACUGAGCACUCUAGCUCCAAAACGGCUUCCAGAAUUUCCUGAGGCAAAAACACCCUUCCCUUUUGAGAAACCUGGGGGCACCUUGGCUUCAAGUGAGAAGCCAUGGAUUGUUCCUACAGCUGGAACAUCUGAAGACUCCAAAGUUCUGCAGCCUCAAACUGCAACUUAUGAUGUUUUCUCAAGCCCUACAACAUCUGAUGAGCCUGAAAUAUCAGAGCCCCACACAGCAACAAGUGAUGCUAUUCUGGAUUCUGUCCCACCUAAAACUUCUAGAACUCUUGAGCGGCCAAGGGCAACACUGGCUCCAAGUGAAACACCAUUUGUUACUCAAAAAUUGGAUAUCUUUACCAGUCCUGAAGUGCAACCUACAACACCUGCUCCCCAGCAAACUACAUCUAUCCCUUCUACACCUAAACGACGCCCAAGGCCCAAAACAGCAAGAACUAAAUCUGAAAGAACCACAAGUGCUGGAACAAUUACACCAAAAAUUUCUAAAAGACCUGAACCUACAGGAACAACACUGGCUCCCAGUAAAACACAAUUUAUUUCUUUGAAACCUAAAAUCCCUCUCAGCCCAGAAGUGACACACACCAAACCUGUUCCACGAAAGACCAAACGACCAGGUCGUCGCCCUCGCCCUAAAACCACACCUAGUCCAGAAGUGCCCAAGUCCAUACCUGCUCAGGAACCUGCCACAGUACAACCGGAGCUCUUGGUGCCCACAAUUGCAUCAAAACCAUCUAAGAGACCUAAAACCACACACAGACCAGAUGCACCUCAAAUCCAACCUGAUUCAAAACCGCCAAAGCAAUUACUUCCUAAACCCAAAACCACAGCAAAACCAGACUUGCCACCCACUAAAUCUGCCUUUGAACCUGUUCCAUCUGAGACUGCAGCUCCCUCAAUAACCAUAGUUCCUGCCACAGACAUUGAACCUGUAACUCUAAGAACUGAGGCUCCAGUGACAACAUUAGCUCCAAAAACGACAAAACGGACAAGAACACGUCGUCCACAUCCCAAACGUAAAACCACGCCACACCCAGAGACAACUCAGACCAAACUAGACUUUGGACCUGUCACUCCUGGGGCAUCUGUAGCUCCGACAACAACAAAAAGAACCCGUCGUCCACGUCCCAAACCUAAAACCACACCCCAUCCAGAAGCACCUCAGACCAAACUGGUUCCUGCCACAACCCUCGAACCAGUUAUUCUUAGAACUGAGGCUCCAGGGACAACUCUAGUUCCUGCUACAGUCUUUGAACCAGUUACUCCUAUAAAAGAGGCUCCAGGGACAGCACUGGACUUUGAACCUGUUACUCUUAGAACUGAGACCUCUUGGACAACAUUAGCUCCCAAAACAUCACAAAGAACCCGUCGUCCACGUCCCAGACCCAAAACCACAGCGAGCACUCAAGCACCUCAGACCAAACUGGUUCCUGCUACAGUCCUUGAACCUGUCACUCUGAGACCCAAGGCCCCAGGAACAACAUUAGCUCCCAAAACAUCACAACGGACGCGCCGUCCACGUCCCAGACCAAAAACCACACCAAGUCCUGAAACACCUGAGUCCAAACCAGUUCCUACUGCAGAGCUUGAACCUGUUACACUCAGAACUGAGACUUGGGUGACAACACAAGCUCCUAAAACACCGCAACGGACCCGUCGUCCACGCCCUAAACCUAAAACCACAUCCAGUCCUCGGUCUGCUCAAAUCAAACCGGUUCCUGCUACAGAUCUUGAACCUGGUACUCUUACAACUGAAGCUCCAGGAACUAUGGUUCUUUCUACAGUCCUCGAACCUGUCACUCUCAGAACGGGGGCUCCAGAAACAACAUUAGCUCCUAAAACAGAACAAACACAUCGUCCACGUCCCAGACCUAAAACCACACCAAGUGCUGAAGUACCUCAGACCAAAUCGGUUCCUGUUCCAGGCUUUGAACCUGUUGUACAUAGUACUGAGGCUCCAGGAACAACAUUAGCUCCCACUGAACUGCAAAUUCUUAUUUUGAAACCAGUAACAACGCCAAGCCUAGAAAUGACACAAAGUCAACCUGUUUCUGAUGUUCUGGAAUCAGUUACACUUAGCACUGAGUCAUCAAAGGAGACCAUAGCACCAGCUGAAACAGAUUAUGUAUAUCCCACUGCCAAAGCACCACUCAGGCCAGAGGAGCCAAAGACUGAUGGUGCUGUGGAAUCUGUUACAUAUGUGCCUGAACCACCUGAGACCACGCUAGAAACGUCACCUCUGCCUUCUCAAACUAUAAUCCUACCCAGCCCAGAUGAGCCUCAGACUGAACCCGCUCCCAAGCAGACACCGCAUGCGCCUCCCAAGCCAAAGACAUCACCACGCCCAAGAAUCCCACAAACACAACCAGUUCCCAAGGGGUCCCAGCAUGUUACUUCAAAAUCAAAAACAUCACCAAGUCCAGAAGCGUUGUACACUACACCUGCUCCAGAAGAUGUGUUCCUUCCACAUAAACCAGACCCUCAGCUCUCUCAGAGUGAACCUGUUCUGCAACCUGUUACCUUUAGAAUUGAUCCACCAAAGACAACAAUAGCUCCUUUAGAGACACGAGGCAUUCCUCUUGUACCUAUGAUUUCACCAAGUCCUAGUCGAGAGGAACUACAGACCACUCUGGAAGAAACAGACCAAUCCACCCGAGAAUUCUUCACAACUAAGAUUCCACGAACAACUGACCUGGCAAAGACAACUCAGGCACCACACAGAUUAUACACUACUCCUGUGAGGCCCAGAAUACCUGACAAACCACACAUCAGACCUGUUCUGAAUAGGACAACUACAAGACCUAUUAGACCCAAACCCAGUGGGAUGCCCAAUGGGAAUGGAGUGGGAACAGGGGUCAAGCAGACACCCAAGCCAUCAGGUGCUGGUAGAAAUGUGUCAGUGGACUCUACCCACUCCACAAAAAAACCAGCCACAGUCCCAGGCACUCGCCGCCCAACCUUGCCACCUAGACCUAUGCCCCCGCGAAGAAAACCUUUGCCACCAAAUAAUGUCACUGGAAAGCCAGGAAGUGCAGGAAUCGUUUCAUCAGGCCAAGUAACUUCCCCACCCCUGAGGGCAACGCUCAGACCUACGCCACCCCGCUCAGAGAGAACAGAGACAGAGAGAAAGCAACCAACAGUUCCUGCCUCUGGGGAAGAACUUGGUAAUAUAACUGACUUUAGCUCAAGUCCAACAAGAGAAACAGAUCCUCUUGGGAAGCCCAGAUACAAAGGCCCUCACGUGAGAUACAUCCAAAAGCCCGACAACAGGCCCUGCUCCAUCACCGACUCCGUCAGAAGGUUCCCCAAAGAGGAGGGCAUGGAGGGGAAUGCCACCAGCCCACCACAGAACCCACCCACCAACCUCACUGUGGUCACCGUGGAAGGGUGCCCCUCCUUCGUCAUCUUGGACUGGGAAAAGCCACUAAAUGAUACUGUCACUGAAUAUGAAGUUAUAUCCAGAGAAAAUGGGUCAUUCAGUGGGAAGAACAAGUCUGUCCAAGUUACAAAUCAAACCUUCUCCACAGUAGAAAAUCUGAAACCAAACACAAGCUAUGAAUUCCAGGUGAAACCUAAAAACCCACUCGGUGAAGGCCCAGUCAGCAACACAGUGGGAUUCAGUACUGAAUCAGCGGACCCAAGAGUGAGCGAGCCAGUUUCUGCAGGAAGAGAUGCCAUCUGGACUGAAAGACCCUUUAAUUCAGACUCUUACUCAGAAUGUAAGGGCAAACAAUAUGUCAAAAGGACAUGGUAUAAAAAAUUUGUAGGAGUGCAGCUGUGCAACUCUCUCAGAUACAAGAUUUAUCUGAGUGACUCCCUCACAGGAAAAUUUUAUAACAUAGGCGAUCAGAGGGGCCAUGGAGAAGAUCACUGCCAGUUUGUGGAUUCAUUUUUAGAUGGACGCACGGGACAGCAACUCACUUCUGACCAAUUACCCACCAAAGAAGGCUAUUUCAGAGCCGUUCGCCAGGAACCUGUCCAAUUUGGAGUUAUAGGUGGUCACACCCAAAUCAAUUAUGUACAGUGGUAUGAAUGUGGGACUACAAUUCCUGGAAAAUGGUAGAUGCUGCAAUAUGCUGUUUCAUCGUGGCAAAAAUCAUUGGAAACACUAUGGUAUUUGUCACAUUCACAUAAAGCUAUUUUGUUUACUAUGUAUAAAAGUCUACAAUCUAAUUAAUAGCAACAGUAGAUGUUUAUUAUUAGAAAAGAUUGCUGAGAAUAUUUAUCAAGUUUUACAAAGUCAUUUUCGAGAGCAAGAUAUUGACAUUAACAGAAUAACAUUUUUGGGGAAGCUGGCUCCCUAUUAUUCAUGGUAUUUUAAGAGAUCAUUUGUAUAUUAUUUAUCACACUGUUGUAAUGAUGUUCUUGAGAUAUUUUAUAACAGAAUUAACAUCAAAAAACUUAUAUUUCUUAAAAAAUAUUUACUUUUAUUGAUGUGUACUCUUCCUAUUGGUGAGUUAAUUCCAUAAAUCUCUACUUAGUUUGUAACUUAUUGGAUCAAAUUAUCUUUAGCAUAUAUAUGUGGGGGGAAAAGGUCCUAAUAUUCACAUGGUUAUUUAAACUUCCUUUUUUUAGCAAUAGCUGAAAAGCUUUUCUAAGGAGUUUAAGUAGUUACACAUUCAUGCUAAUACGCAUUUCCUUAAAAUACUUCCUUAAAAAUGAAGUUGAGAAUCUGAUAUAUUGUUUCAAAAGAUAUAUUGUUUUUUCUCUACCCAUCAGUAUAUGUUACAAUGUCUGAAUAUAUUGUCAAACUAUCCCUCUAAGUAAUUAUCUUCACACUGUUUUCAUGAUUCUAAUCAAGCUGUAUACAGAGACUGAAUGUGAAGUCUGAGCACAAAAAGAUAAUGCAUGACGAGAUCCCUACCAUUUCACAGGAUAUUUACUAUAUAUUUAUGCAUAAGACCUCUAUGAAUGAAUGUAUCAGAGGAUGUUUUUGUAAUUCUGUUUAACUCAAGCUGUAAUGAAAAUCUAACUCAUUUUUAUUAAAGGUAUUGUUUUCCUUCAGCUGGGGAGGGAGAUGGGAAUGCUGCACUGUUGCCCUCAUUCUAAAAGGACCUUUCCCUUUGCUUACCUUUCAAUAUGCUUCAAUUUUAUCAAUGCUACAUUUUGUAUUUUUCCAACAAAUAUAAACUCUGCAAUAAAGAGAUGUAGUUUUUUUUAA